AUAUCUCUCUGCCUCUCUCUAUAGCUCUCCCUUAAAUUUCUCUCUCUCUCUCUCUCUCUCUUUCUCUCUUUCUCUCUUUCCCUUUCUCCAUUCUAAUUCAUAGCACAUAGACACAUUUAAGUACAUUGUCUGUGUUGUCUUUCUCAACCCUUAGUCCUUUACUUCAAUAAAGGCUAAGGAAAAACACUUUUAUUCCUAGUUUUGAUUGUCUUCGUCAUUGGAACAGUAAUCUUCUCUUUGAUUUUAUGCUUUCUCUCAUUUUCUUCUCUUUUUUGGUGCGUGUGAAUUGAUUUUGGGUACAAGUGUCAUUCUCAAAAAUUUGUUUUAGGGUUUUUUAAUUUAAUUUUGUUGCUUCAAACUCCCCCAAUAAGACAUGAACAACAACAGUUUCAGUAGUACUACCACCAUCAAUGAAGACUACAUGCUAUUCCCUUAUAAUGACAAUUAUUCCUCAGAACCAUUACUCCCUUUUAGCCCUUCCUCUUCCAUUAACGACGUCUUGAUUCACUCCAACAACUUUAACACAUCAAACAGUCAUCUUGACCACCAUCAUCAUCAUCAUCAUCAUCAACAACAACAAUUCCUACAAGCACCCUCUCCUUUUUCUCAAUUCGAAUUCGUCCCGGAUUUCGCCCUCCUCGCCUCUUUCCUCCCACAAAACAAUGGCCAUGACGAUAACCAAACCAUCACCACCACUGACCAUCAUGAUCCAUCACUUCUUUCCUUGAAAGACCCUAUUGGAGAAUCUCAAGUCGUUGAGCCCUCGGAGACCAUAACCCACAUAGAAGAUUCCCAGAGAAUCUCAACUUCUCAAGACCCCAAAAUGAAAAAAAUCAAGAAACCAAGCAGAACGGACAGGCACAGCAAGAUCAAAACGGCCAAAGGGACACGAGACCGUAGGAUGAGACUCUCACUAGAUGUCGCCAAAGAGUUGUUCGGCUUACAAGACAUGCUUGGAUUCGACAAAGCCAGCAAAACCGUCGAAUGGUUGCUCACACAAGCCAAACCUGAGAUCAUAAAGAUCGCGCACAGCCUUUCUAACCAGUUUAACCACGGCGGCUUUAGCAGCGGCGAGGAGUCUCAAACCCGACCGGAGUUAGGAUCAAUGAACACAUCGUCUGAUCUAUGCGAACUUGCAUCCAUGUGGACAGUUGAGGAUAGAGGCAGCAAUACUAACACGACCGAACCAAGAGGAAAUAAGGUGAAUGGGAGAUCGAUGAGAGGGAAGAGAAAGAUGUCGCAACCGCGCACGCCCAUUUUGAAGAAGUUGUCUAAGGACGAAAGAGCAAAAGCAAGAGAGAGAGCAAAGGAUAGGACAAAGGAGAAGAUGAUGAAGAGAAGAUCACAAGAACAUGUUGUAGAAGAAGAAACUCAUAAUCAUCAUGGUGAGAUAGUAAAGAAUAAUAAAACCAGUGUGAAUUGGAGUUCUUUUGAGGCGACGCCCUGCCAAGAUGAGAACGAACAACUUUCCAAGAACGAUCGUUUUGCAGUUUGCAACGAAUUUGUGGUGGAUAACAAGGAUCACAUUUCGGACGAAUCCUAUGAUAUGAUCAACAAAUUGAAUUCAUCAUUUCCAAUGCUUAAUCACCAUCGCAGCCAAGGCGCAGCUACUUCCAUAGAGCAGCAGAAUCAGUUUACGGAUCUUCAUCACUUCUUGGGGAAACCAGUUAGAGACCUCAUGUACAACUACCAUAACAUGUGUUGAUAUCGACUUACCACCGUUAAUGUCUCAAAUUAAUAAUAAAUUGUCAAAAGGUAUAUUUGAAUCUUAAGUGGAUAUAUGAAGCCGUUUUCUUCUUCAUUUUAGCGUCACAUAUUAAAUCGAUGUAAGAUUAACCAACUCCUUUGUAUGAUAUUUUGUUUUUCUAGUUCCAGUGGAACCUUGACUAUGAUAUGUAUAGCAUUUAAACGCCUUUUUGUUGAUAUAUGUGUGUUGAG